AUGGUUUAGAUUUAUGAAGCUGUUCCACUUACAUAUCUGAAUUGAUUACUCAAUAAGGCUUGAGAUUAAAAACAGAGUAAGGUUAAUUUAUACAAUAUUAUAGAGAAAAUGAAGACAUUUAAACUCAUGUCACUGAUUGUCCAGGGUUCUGGGAAAUUAAUGCGCUUGAGGUUUUCCUUGUGUUGACAAGAUGUAGUUGUCAAUCUGAGUUCUCUGAAAAGUUGAAAUAGAUUAAUGUCUGCCCUCAUGCUUCUACAAAAGUAAGAAGUAAUACUGUGUGGUUUAUGUCAAUCAGUGUAGCUUGAAAAUCAUCUCCAGACCUCAUUAUUUUCCUGUAGAUUGAAGAGAAGAAGCUGGGUAUGGUGGCUUACAUCUGAAUCCCAGACAUCUGGGAGGCUAAAGCAGGAAGACCCCACAUUUAAGCCUAACCUGGGCAAUUUGGCAACUUAGCAAGAUCCUAUCUCAAAAUUCAGAGAAGCCUGGAUGUAUAAGUCAGUUGGAAGGCUCCACCCGUGGGAAACUGUUACAACAGCCGCGAUGCAGAAGUACCCUAACCCUAUGAACCCGAGUGUGGUCGGAGUUGAUGUGCUGGACAGACACAUAGAUCCUUCCGGAAAGUUGCAUAGCCACAGACUUCUCAGCACAGAGUGGGGACUGCCUUCCAUCGUGAAGUCUAUUAUUGGUGCAGCAAGAACCAAAACAUACGUGCAAGAACAUUCUGUAGUUGAUCCUGUACAGAAAACAAUGGAACUUAACUCUACUAAUAUUUCAUUUACAAACAUGGUUUCAGUAGAUGAGAGACUUAUAUACAAACCACAUCCUCAGGACCCAGAAAAAACUGUUUUGACUCAGGAAGCCAUAAUCACGGUGAAAGGAGUCAGCCUCAGCAGUUACCUGGAAGGACUGAUGGCAAGCACGAUAUCUUCAAAUGCUAAUAAAGGCCGAGAAGCAAUGGAAUGGGUAAUACAUAAAUUAAAUGCUGAGAUUGAAGAAUUGGCAGCUUCAGCAAGAGGAAGCAUAAGGACACCAAUGGCAGCAGCAGCAUUUGUAGAGAAAUGAUAAAAUUGGUACACAGCACCAGGUCUCUCCAAGCUUGACAAUAUAUUUAUUUGUUAUUUUUUAAAAAAACUAUAUUUUAGGUAGAUUUUUUUUGAUAAACUGGAAUAAGGCUGUGUGAUUUUCAUCAACACAAAGUACAGGGGUUCUAAAUCACAGGGAUCAUCUGAUGUGAGUAUGACUUGAAAUGACUUAAUUGUUAGGGUUCCAGUAUUUAUGUGAAAAUGUAACUUCUUUAGAAUGUACUUGGAAAAAUCGGUAUUGACAGUGAGUCUUCUUAAGGUAGAAGGUUGAAGCUUUUCAGACAGUGGAACUUUGCCUGCUGUGGACCAAGCCCAGAACAAAGCAGAGCUGCCCUUUACAUGCAUACAGCUGCUGUGCUGCUACAAACUAGACUGUGUGUGAGGAGCUCACUUAAAAGAGGGAAUUGUGUAGCUGUUAAAGACACUAAUUUAUAUAAAAUAACUUGCUCUGCUAGAAGCCACAGUGUUUUGAUUUGGUACUUAAAUGAUAUUUUUGGAGUGCAAAUGAUCACUAAGGUAAUAUAUGACUCCAACAGAAAUAUUAUUUUAUUGUAUUAAAGAGUACUGUAUUGGUUGGCCAAAAGUUUUGUAACUUAGUAAAGGCGUUACCUUCCUUGGAUUUGUACUUUAUGACUUAGCACACUGUACCGUGGGCUGGUUAUGCUCACUAAAAAAAUAAAGUCAUUACCUGAGUUUUGCAGCACUCUUAAACGGAACACUUAACACUUAAAACAGAAGAGCAGCUGUUCACAUCUUUUAGCGUUUCGCAUUUGCUUAACUUAUAAAUUGCCAUGUGUCAAAAUCAUGGUUUUGUAAUUGCUAAGGCAUGAUAUGUCAGGUUAUUUGAAUAUAAUUACUUUUUGAAGUAAUUGUGACCACAAAACAUCUUUUUUACAUGAGGAGCUGUACAUCAUUUGAAAUCACUCAAAUGAUGUCUUGAUGUGAAGCAUAAAUCCCAGGUACUUAAUGUUUUUAAUAACAUGGUACCACAGUGGGGGUGUGGGGGCGCUGGGGGAGAAAAUUAAGUACUUGGUGGGGGGAAUGGUGUGGUCUACACUAAGCAAAUCGCACUGUAGAUUUAUCGGAAGUCCUUAUUUAGGGAAACAGGGUGGCUGCGAGUGAAAACCAAGCCAGUAAAUGUAUUUUGUUUAGUAUUUUGUACUGGGCACUUAACACUAAAUGGUAUCUUUGAUACUUGGAAGGGUUGCAUUCGAUUUUUUUAAAAGGUGACUAGCUUUUGCCUUUGUUUUACAGUGCUUAAUAGGAUCAACUUUUAGUUGGGUUUCCUAUAAAGAGACCAGUUAGUACAUGCACAUAAACUACCAAAACAGUACCAAACUUUUAAAAUUACUGUUUUUCUACUUAAAAUAUUGUGUGGCUUAAGAAUUCUUAGGACAUUUGUAAAUUAUGCUAAAUUCCAAUAAGGUUUCUGAUCUUUUUUUUUUUUUGUAACCGGAGAUAGAUUUUACAAUUGAAAUACUAUUUCAGCAAAAAAAAAAAAAAUUGCUAAAUACGUGUUAAAUAUUGACAAAAAGUGACGUGUAGAAUUUCUGUAAAUUAUACUUGUUCUAAAAAAGGUAUACUGCCUAAGGAUAAAUUAUUUUUAAAUCAACCUUUAUCAUAUCCUACGUUUGCUUUUUUUUUUACUGACCUAAUGAUAAAACAUCUAUAAAUUUGCAGUUUCAGUGUAGUUAGCUACAGCUGACUAAGUACCUGAGGAUUCGCGGUUUCUGUUCAAAUACAAGCUCGCAGGAAGUUCAUUGACAAGGACUAACCCGAAUAAAGUGUUGCAUUCAGCUCUUGAGCAUCUGACCCUGUUUAGUAUUAGAUGGACUUACAGGAUGAAAAUGGCCUUGGUUAAUAAAGACUUUGAUUUAACCCAC